CAACAACAACUAAUAAUACCACAACAACAAAUAAUACAGAAAAAAAGGUUGAAAAUGGUGAAAAAAAAGUUACAGAGUUUAUGAGAGUACAAAGAUUAUUUAGACAAGUUACAAAAACACCAUUAGGUAAAAAUAUACCAAAGGAAAAAAGAGAACCAAUAGAUUAUUCAAUAGUAUUAGAUUUUCAUAAUAUAGAAAACAACACACCAGAGAAUAGAGAGUUAAUUAUCGAUUGCACAGAGAAUGUAACCAGUAAGGAGUUUGAGUUUAAUAAAGAUACAGAAUUUUAUUUACAUCCAAAGGAAUGGAAGGUAUUUGGACUUAAGGGAUACCCAGGAUUUUAUUUUAUCAGAUCACCAUUCACACCACAACAACAAAAGAAAUGGAUCAAACAUGGUCUUGAACACUAUGCAAGUCCACCAAACAACAAUAAUUUAAAUCUUUUCUAUGGACCAGUUCACAACCUCUGGGAAGAGAGACCAUUAGAUAAAAACGGCGAACGUCUUCCAACCUACAGAGCACUUUUAGAUAAAUUAGCAUGGGCUACACUUGGAUACCAAUACCAAUGGACACCAAGACUUUACACUGAAGAAUUCUACGAAGAGUUCCCAGAUGACUUACAAGAGUUGGUUCAAAAAAUUGCAGUUGCAACUAAAUUUGACCCAUAUGUUGCCGAAGCUGCAACCAUCAAUUUCUAUUCUGAAGAUUCAAUUAUGGGUGGUCAUUUAGAUAAUGCAGAACAAGAAAUGGAAAAACCAAUCAUAUCAAUUAGUUUUGGUUCAACUGCUGUAUUUUUAAUGGGUGCUGAAACUCGUGAUAUUGCACCAGUACCUUUAUUCAUCAAAAGUGGAGAUAUCGUUAUUAUGGGUGGUAGAUCACGUUAUUGUUACCAUGGUGUUGCAAAAAUUGUCGAAGAUUCUUUCAAUUUAGAUUUAAUCGAUGAAAAUGACUCUAAAGAUUUAAAAUAUAAAAUUAAAUGGUUAAAAGAAAAAAAUAGAAGAUUAAAUAUUAAUACAAGACAAGUUUUUAAAGAAGCAAAAUUAGGUGGAAAAUUAAAUGAUAAAUAA